AUGAAUUUCCUAUGUAAGUCAGUUCUUUAUCACAUUCAUCUAUCUAUCUAUCUAUCUAUCUAUCUAUCUAUCUAUCAAAGCCUGUUCAUAUCUAUCUAUCUAUCUAUCUAUCUAUCUAUCUAUCUCUCAGUCUGUUCAUAUCUGUCUCAGUCAUUUCCUUAUGUAAGUCAUUUCAUCUAUCUAUCUAUCUAUCUAUCUAUCUAUCUAUCUAUCUAUCUAUCUAUCUAUCUCAGUCCAUAUGUAUCUCUCGUUUCUCCUCCUAAUUGCCUUCCUCGUUACUCCUACAAAACUGAAUUUUGUCAUUUCUGUCACUUGUUGAGCUAUCUAUCUCAGUUCUUCAUUAUCUAUCUAUCUAUCUAUCUAUCUAUCUGUAUAUCUAUCGCAAUCUGUUCUAUCUAUUCAUUCAUCUAUCUAUCUAAUUCUGUUCAUAUCUAUCUAUCUAUCUAUCUAUCAAUCUAUCGCAAUCCGUUCAUUAUUUAUCUAUUCAUCUAUCUAUCUAUCUAUUCAUCUAAUCGUUCAUAUCAUCUAUCUAUCUAUCUGUUCUAUUUUCAUUAUCUAUCUAUCUAUCUAUCUAUCUAUCUAUCUAUCUAUCUAUCUAAUUCUGUUAUAUAUCUAUCUAUCUAUCUAUCAAUCUAUCGCAAUCCGAUUUCAUUCAUCUAUCUAUCCCUAUCUAUCUAUCUAUCUAAUUCUGUUCAUAUUCAUCUAUCUAUCUAUCUAUCUAUCAUCAAUUCAUCAUUAUCUAUCUAUCUAUUAUCUAUCUAUUUCAUAUCCUAUCUAUCUAUCUAUCUGUAUGUCUAUACCAAUCAUUUAUUUAUCUGUAUAUCUAUCGUAACUAUCUAUUUCAUUCAUCUAUCUAUCUAA